AGUGUUGUUGUUUUGAUGGGGAAGAGUUCAUGGAGGAAGAGUAAGCGCUAGCUACUCACUUUUCUUGUUCUUUGUCGCCUAUUUGUCGGGAUUCCCGUAGUGUGUUGUGAAGGGUGAUGGUCCGGGAAAUGAGGAGAACUCGAUGAAAAGUGAAAUAGAGAAAAAGGGAAGGAGAAAGAGAGUGCCCGAAAGAAAGAGGAAGGAAGUUGGGUUGGCGCUAGACCUCUCCCUCCCCCUCCCCCUCCCACCGCCCUCGCGCCUGUACAGAAGUUCACGCCCGCCCUCGCCGCCCACCAUCGCGAUCUGAUGCGGGUGGUUGACUGCCUCCAGCCGCUGAGAAGACCGCCCCGCCCCCCCUCCCACUUCUUCGCCCCUCCUCCUCCCUCCCCCUCUCCUCCUGCUCCUCCUCCUCCACGUCUUCGUCUUCCUUCCCCUUAUCCCCCUCCAUCGCCUGUUCUUCCUCUUCCUGCGCUUCCUUCCUCUCCUCCUCCUCUGACCCGUUCCUCAAACAUGCGGUCCAAACACUAGUUGUGAGAGUGUGCAUUCCUGCGUGCGUUAUCGUGUUCGUGCGUGCGUGCGGGCGUUCGUGCGAGCCAGCGUGUUCCCAGAGUUCCGUGGGCGUGGGGAUCGUCAGGUGGAACGGGCGUAGCGGAGACGGAGCGGAGGCGGAGGCGGUGGGCGGCGCGAGGAGGCGGAGGAAGGCACGCGAGUGGAUCAUGCGGCGUUGGUGGCGGUCAUUGUCGUGGUCGUCGUCGUUGUUGUCGUUGUUUUGGUGAAGGAGAGACUGAUAGACAGACUGAUAGAUAGAUAUCUAAAGAGGUGCGGUUCAUAUAGUUUGGCGAGUCCGUGUACCCGACCGCCUGUCUUCCGCCACCGAGCGCGUCUUCGGCUCGAGUCCAUCUCCAGGAGCGCGCGGUGGUCGUCCUCUCCGGCGGUGGUGCGUGAGGCGAAAGGCGAGGAUCGCUAGGGACGCGAAGAUGGGCUGGCGAAUGCAGUCUUGUUGACCUUGGAUACGCCUCGACCCCCACCCACCCCAUCAUCUUCACACAACCCCCCAAAUUCCCCACCCAUCCCCCAAUUUCGGUGAUCAACGUCGGGACGAACAGCGACGAAAGUUCGGUGUUGUCCAAGGUAGAGGAAUUGCCAAAGAGAAGCGAGUGAGUGCAGGAGGUACAGAUAAAGAGUGAGUGAGAGAAAGAGACGGAAAAGGGAAAAGGAGUGAUACAGUGAGAGUCGCUGUCCGUGAAAAAGAGUAAAAUAACCGUUGGGAAAUCGUAUUUGCUGUCGUUUCGUGAAGUGCCGUUUCGGGAACUCACUAGACGUGUCACAAACCCGGUGUCACAAACACACCCAAACAAAGCCGGAAGGCAGGAAGAGAAACGAGAGAAAAAAAAGAAAGAACAAGUUGAGGAACAAGAGUGAACCAGAAAGAGACUAAAGAAAGAGUGAGAGACGGUGCGAGAAAGAGACCGAGAGACCCCCACCAGCAACGGAAGAGCGCCAUUAGCGAGAGGGGUCUGCCUGCCUGCCCACACCAACCAGCCUGCGGCACCCCCACCCUUCGUGGCCUGUCUGCCUGGCCCCAUCUCUCCAUCUCCUCACCUCAUCGUCUGUCUUGCUGCGCCGCCGCCAUGACACUCAGCGCCGAGUACCAGUGGGCUUACUCCAUCGUGGACUCGUCGAGAGUGUCCACAUUCCUCAUCUCCAUCCUGCUGAUCGUCUACGGCAGCUUCAGAUCACUGAACUUAGAACAAGAGGCCAGAGAAAGGGAGUCAGAAAAGGAGAGGAACAAAUUACUUGGAAUCGCCACACCAGCUUCAUCUAACGACAACACUAAUCUAUUCUCAACAGAUGUACAGACGCUGGACAUGAUGCAGGCACUGUGUUUGCCUGUAGGGGCAUCUGUGUCCCUCCUCAUCAUGUUCUUCUUCUUUGACUCCAUGCAGAUGCUCUUUGCUGUCUGUACUGCAAUUAUAGCUACAGUGGCACUAGCGUUCCUUUUGCUGCCUAUGUGUCAGUACAUCAUCAGACCGUGUUCUGAUAACAAAAAAAUAUCAUUUGGUGUUUGCGGAAGGUUCACAGGAGCGGAGAUCAUGGCCUUCUGCCUGUCUGUGUCCAUCGUUUGCAUUUGGGUCAUGACGGGUCACUGGCUUCUCAUGGAUGCAAUGGGAAUGGGGCUGUGCGUCGCCUUCAUCGCGUUUGUGCGGCUGCCUAGCCUAAAAGUGUCCACACUGCUCCUGACUGGACUUCUGGUAUAUGACGUUUUCUGGGUGUUCUUUUCCUCGUAUGUGUUCAACGCCAACGUCAUGGUGAAGGUUGCAACUCGCCCAGCGGAAAACCCAGUGGGAGUGAUGGCACGCAAGCUCCACCUGGGCAGCGUGGGACGAGAGGCCCCCAAGCUCUCCCUGCCUGGCAAACUGGUCUUCCCGUCAAUGCACAACACCGGCCACUUCUCCAUGCUGGGCCUUGGGGACAUUGUAAUGCCAGGCCUCCUGUUGUGUUUUGUGCUCCGAUAUGAUGCCUACAAGAAGGCUCAGCUCUUAUCGGCAGAAGCGGGUGUACCACCACCUUCUAAUUUGAAUAAAAUAAGCUACUUCCACUGCUCCCUCAUUGGCUACUUCCUGGGCCUGUUGACAGCAACAGUGUCAUCUGAAGUUUUCAAGGCUGCGCAGCCAGCCCUGCUCUACCUCGUACCCUUCACGCUGUUGCCCCUGCUCACCAUGGCUUACCUCAAGGGUGACUUGCGGAGAAUGUGGAGCGAGCCGUUCAUCAUCCAGACACAGAGCAAGAACAUGGACGUGUGACUCAGGAUGAAGCUUAGUGUGUAGUCAUAAGUGUGCGUUAUUUUGGUUGGUCAAUCGGUUUUCAUGCACUCACAAUGCAGAAGUGACAGCAGAGUGUCAUAGCUAUUUGAUCCAAGCUUCUGAGAGAUUCUGGGCUGUGCAAUCGUAUUUUUCCGUGAAAACUGAAAAAAAAGGAAAAAAGAAAAGAAAGAAGUUGUAGUUUAGUGUCAUGUGGAAAGUCAGAGUGCUCGAUGUUGCACUGGACAAUAAUACUGAACUUCCUUGGAAGAUAAUGAAUAAGAUAUAAAAACAAAUAAACAGUGAUUGUCUUUCCAGUAUAAUAGAUGUCAUAAAAUAGUAUAAUAAUGAUAAAAAAAGAUUGUAGAAUAGUAUUGAUUCAAAAGGAAGUGGAAAAAGUGAACUAAAAAAAUAAAAAAAAGAAGGAAAAUAAAUUUAAACUUCCAUGCCUUUAAACACAGUAGGAUUGUGUUUCUGUAUGUACAAUAUUUAGUAAUGUUUUCUUAAUGGUACUGUUGAGCUGGAUAGAACGAAGCCCACCAUUUUAACGAUGAAAAAGAAGAAUAUUUUGUAAAUUUGAAAUUCUUCUUUAAGAGACAAUUGUGAUAGAGACACUGUGGCUCGACUGGUCAGGUGCAGUUAGGAUACCUUUACCAAGCAGGCACUUCCUUCUGCUUCUUGUAGGUCUUAGUUGCUUGCAUCCUGUGGAAACGCACAAUCACACGGUCCUACGGUUCUGCGGUGCGUCAGUUGGUUUCGUGAAUACAUUCAUUUGUGAGUGUCUGCGAAAUCGCGUAACCACCCUACCCUUUACCCACCUCCCCAUCUACCUUCAACUCCUCAGUUCCCAAACCUCCUCUUUCCCCUUCCUUUGUAGUGUGUAGGUGUCCAGGGUACUGUAAAUACACAGCUGUACAGAAAAGCAUAAAAAAUACAAUAAUAACAGAGAUUAUUCAAUGUAUAAUAGAUUGUCUGCAGUCGGGCAGCUGAGAGUUUUAUCGUUUUCCACAGAUACUCAGGCAAAGUAUUGGUAUGUGAGAUUAUUAUGGUUGUGCCAUUGUGUUGGUACAUAAUGCUUGUUUUGGAAACUUAAUAUGUAAGUGAAAAAAAAAACUCUCACCACUCCAAAUACAGAGAGAUUAAAGAAGCUAUGAGAUAGAUAAUCUGUUGACUUUGAUGAGAGAGAUACUGAUUAUUAACACACAUAUGAAAGUAGAAUGGCAGCAUGAUAUUUUUAUAUCAUAUAUUUUGAUUUUGUGGAAUGUCAUCAGAUCAAAUGAAAUGUAUUUGUGUACAUUGCCUCCUGAUAUUAAUCAAGCGCUGAUGCUAACCUUGUGAUUGACAAAGUUAUUGAAAGGGAAAAAGUAUUUAGUGUUUCCAAUACAAUUGAUGUAACAUCUUGGUAUAGUUAAGAUAUGGACGUAAAAGGAAUUUAUAUUCUCAUGACCUUUUGCUUUAUUGUACCAAAUUACUUAGUGUGAGGGAUAUUGUCAAAAAAACAAAAAUGAGUAAAAAAAAAGGCAGAUGCUCUUAGGAACACUGUUUAUGAUUUUUUUUUUAUAAAGUUAGCUGGAAUACUACAUACUCAUCUCGGAAAUCAAGUGACAUGGUAAAUGAAUGUCAUACCUGGAACAAAUUUAUUUCUCGUUAGAUUGUGUACAUGGUAGGUAAUUUGUCCAUAGCUAGUUAGCCAAAUUAUAUAAUUGAUAUAGAUACAUAAAAAGAUACUUUGAAUGACUGAAUAAAGAUAUAUGUAUCUAUGAAGAGUAUUGUAUGCUUGUUGUGAUACUGUAUUUUGGGGAAAUUAAGUUUGUAGUGAAAGGAUGUGUUCUGAAUUAUUAUUAUUAUUUUUUUCUGAAGGUUUCAUUCUCACUUUUGAGUUUUGAGUUCAUUAGUUGGCAUGCUUGAACAAUCAGCAUGUGCUGUGACAAACCUAACUGCCAGUCAGAAUUUUGUGUGUUUGUGUGGGUGUGCAUGUGUAUAUAUACACACACAUUCAUUUGUGAGUAUAAAUGUCCAUGCCUAUACAUACAUCCACACACAUACAUGUACAUAUACUUGUGCUCAUGCAGACACACUUGCAAAUGUGCUCAUAUCAAGGUAGAGUGUAUGCGUAUUUUUGUAGGUGAGUUUGCAAUAGCAUACGAGUGUGAACACAUCCAUACUAUGCUAGUCCAUCGAGAAGUCACAAUCAGUUUUGUAAUGAAUCUCACGUGUCAAGGUAUUAUAACAUUAAUGAGAUUUUGUAACAUUGUCAUUAUGUAAUACACGUCUUACUGACUCAUACCCAUUAAAAUAAAGAAUAAAAUCAUCCCUUUUUAGUCUUUUAUGUGGAAUGAAAAAAUGAAAAAAAAUCUCUUUUAGUCUUUUACGUGGAAUAAAACAUUACUUCA